AUAUGAUGCACAAUGCAGAAAAGAGGCGCUCGUGGUGGGAUCGCGUCCAUGAAUGGCUUCACCUCCCCGGGUACCAAAACCAUUUUGACAGGGCGCUCAGUGACUAUGAGGCACUGGGAGUUUUCAGCCUCAAUUCUGCACAGUAUGAUGCGGUGCGCGACGACUUGACGCCGCUCGAUGCGCAUCAAGACCUACACGACUAUGAUCCCUUCGUGCGGUACGAGCACAGCUCCGAUCCCGAUCACUCCUUCGUAGAUCCCUACCUGGCGCCGGUCAGCGACCGCGUCGGACUGCGGUGGUACGACCCCAUGCCGAAGAGCAAUCAGCACGACCUUGUCGACGUUUUGGUCCAGAAGCCGCUCUCCGAGCGACGGCAGCAGAACGUGUGGCGCAGCGAGGUGGAGCCCUCGGCCCCCGAGGACCAGUGGGCGUACUAUACUGUGCCGAGGUUUUACAGGGUAAGCUGCCAACUCAGCUGCGAGGCACAAUUUGCACAGGACCGGGCUCGGCUUCUCAGCGAUAGCGAUUUGCGACAACACCUGCGGUGGUUUUCCGACACGUACCUAAUUAAGUCAAACAAGGAUGACGUUUCAUAUCGCACCCUCGCAGUUGUUUCAGCGGCCUCGUUUUUGAUUGACUCAACACUGGUUCGCUACAUGAAGACAGGGCUACACUCGGUUGCCAAAGUAGAUUUUCGAGAAAAUCUAUCGGCGUAAGUAAGAGCACACCUGCAAGGCUUACGCGCCGAAAAAAUGGACCCGGGCCUUGCUACCAAGGAAGAACGGCGCGUAAAGAUGAAAGUCAUAGAUGUCUACCUGAACGGAAUGGAAAUCAGAAAAAAGAAAAACAUCAAGGCGAAAAAGAUAAGAGCGACAAAGAGGACUGCAGGAGAAAGAAAAUGAAUCCAGGGGCCAUGCCUUCGUUGGACCCUCCCAGCUGGAACGGUAUCAAAUAGAAAAUUUUGAAAACUAGUAGAGUUGCAGCGGCUGACUCUAUUCGUGG